CUUUGCGGCCUCUUUCGGACUCCGCUUCCGCUGUGCUCGUUUCAGUCGGUCGCCUCUUGGGCUCCUCCCACAGAGGAGCUCCCCAAGCCAACACUCUUUGACCCUAGUCCCCAAUCCUUCUCCUUCCCCGUAAUCCCAGCUUUCCAAUCUCCGGCGAUCUCGGAACCCAGAACCGUCGAUUAAGCUUCUCCGAUUCCCCUUUCUCGAUCCCGGUUCGGCUUCCUCCGUCGCCAGAAUGGGAUCCGCUUUCUGAUCUCCCGCAUCUUUCCCUCCUCGCGCUCCUCCUCCGUCCCCCUGUAUCCCAUCCUCCGCCGGUUUUCCGAGAUUGCAACUAUGGCGAUCCGCGUCACCGUCUCCUUCUCCGGUUACCUCGCCCAGAACCUCGCCACCGCCGCCGGGAUCCGCUGCGGGGGGAGCUGCCGGCUCUUCCACGACGUUGGCCGCCCCCUCGCCCUCUUCACCGGUCAACGACCCGACCAUGACCACUCGCCGGCCUUCCCCCUCCGAUCCGUCGCUCGCCAGGACUGGCCCAAGGCUCCCCUUUCCGAUCCCUCAGUGGCGAAGGACCAGGGAUCUGCUCUGGUUGCCGCCCUGCUAUCUGCCAUCGCGUCCGGCUCCGGUUCGAAGGCUGGCGGGUUUGGCGCCUUCGGCGUUUCGUCCAUGACGAAAAUGAGCUUGAAGCCGUCGUCUUUAAUCCCGUUCUUCCAGACGUCCAAGUGGUUUCCGUGCAGCGAGUUCCUGCCAGGUUCGGGAGAGGCCGGCCCGGUGGAUAAGGGAGGAACGAGUUCUUCAAAUCCUUCUGGGGAUGAGGGAGGAAGGGCUCCUUCUGGGGAUGCGAUCAGAGACGCAAAGGAAUGUUCUUUUUCUGGCCCCAAGGUGACUCUGGCUAAAGGUUUGGACAGUAAAUAUGAUAUGAUGUUCUCCCACGAGAAGAACAGCUGGGUCUCGCGGUUACUGAGCUCUUGCUCAGACGACGCCAAGAUGCUCCUUGCUGCGUUGACUGUUCCGCUGCUGUAUGGAUCGUUCUUGGCAGAGCCGAGAUCGAUCCCUUCCAAAUCAAUGUUUCCAACAUUUGAUGUCGGUGAUCGAAUUCUAGCUGAGAGGGUUUCUUAUUUGUUUAGAGAGCCUGAAGUCACAGACAUUGUGAUCUUUAGAGUUCCUUCAAUCCUUCAUGAAUUUGGGUUUGGUUCCAGUGAUGUCUUCAUCAAAAGAGUUGUGGCAAAGGCCGGCGACUAUGUUGAAGUCCAUGAUGGUAAACUAUUGGUGAAUGGUGUCAUCCAGGAUGAUGAGUUCAUUCUUGAGCCACUUGAGUACGAAAUGAAGCCAGUGUUUGUGCCUGAAGGUUGUGUCUUUGUGUUGGGAGAUAAUCGUAAUAACAGCUUCGACUCUCAUGACUGGGGGCCUCUCCCAGUAAAGAACAUACUUGGAAGGUCGGUGUUCCGUUACUGGCCUCCAUCAAAAAUCUCAGACACCAUCUAUGAACCAAAUAUGAUGCAGAAUGUGAUGGGAGUUUCUUGAUGCUUCUUCUUCUGCAAGGAGGACUUCAUGGGAUGGAUAAGGAUCCAUCUAAUGGUUGCUUGAAACUUAAUUCAUCUACAUUCUAGAUCAGGAACCAUUUAUUUGUCUUUGUGCAUUCUGUCAACUUUUAGGAGUUUGGUUUAGGUGGGGAAUCAAAAUGCAAGGAACCUGCCAUACAGCUGCUUUGGACCGAUGAAGUCCAAAUGUUCAUUGUACCAUUUGAUGCUGCCAUGGGAAUGUAAAAAAGCCAGAUGAAGAUUCCGGCCAACCUACUAAAUUGAGGUUGGGGCUUUCUGCAAUACCAAAUUCAUUUGUUAUUAUCUGUUGAUCUCCUUCCAGGCAUGAAAUAACUUGUACCGAGGCAUGCUUAAGCAACAUGCAAUGAUCAUAACAGUCAUAUUUGCA